GGCCCACCCUCUGCUCCGAUUCUCAGUUGCCUGAAGGGUCUCUUGCUCCGUCAUACGAGCAAGAGUUGAAACAUACGCACGAGGGAUAUGUAGGGAAUCGUCCAAAGGACGACCCUACGCAACGGCACCACAACCCUCACUACCGACCCUCUUGUCACUACUUCUACGGGUAUCGUUUCCCCUCCUUUAGUAGCCCAUGUUGUGUCGCACGUCCCGCGCCGUGUCUGUGAUGCGCAGCCGCCCCAGUAUGCACCGCAGCUCGUGCAACACCGCUGUUUCGAUGCCAUGCUCGAGCGGGUUGUCAUCGGGCGGUGGCGGCAGGGGGUGGGCGGCCAGGAGGGGGGCAAUGAUGUGGUUGAGCUCCUUGUUGGUCAGGUCAUACUGCUGUGGCACCUGCCCCCCGUUGGCCUGGCUCACGCGGAGCCCGAAGAGGGCACAGCGGUUCGUGUAGAGGUAGUGGCGCUCGGCAACCUCUGCAGUGUUCUGGCACUGACACGCACACACACACAGUGAGACACACAAUUGUGUCAUUCAAGUGUCAUUGUCCCUGCUCAUUGCCCGUGGUCUGUGUGUGUGUGUGUGUGUGUCUGACGGAUGGCGAUGAUUUGCUGGAAUAGCAGCUGCUUGAAGUUGUUGUCCAUCCGACGCGCCCUAUUGACCAGCCUGGUGGUCUCUGCCCGUCUCUGCUGGGCCGUCAUGCCACUGUCGUAGAGGUGACGAUUCACCCCCCUCAUCGCCGACGAUUCACCCCCCUCAUCGCCGCCCGUUGCGCAUUGUUGAGCCCAAACACCUGCCGGAAGAAGAACCUCCUCGGCACCUGGGUGUCUGGGCCCUGCGCCAUCCUAAUGAAGAGCACCCCGCCAAGGUAACGCCACAUGAUCUUGCGCGUCCCCUGGGCGAGCUGUGGCUGGCGGGGCAGGGCAGCGAUGAUGAGGCGGGCGAUGGGCACACCGACGCAGCAGAACCACACGUAUAAACGAGAGCGCAGCUCUGAUAGACAGUGUUGUGUGUGACGACUGUUGUGUGUCCCAUCCAUAAGUGGAGACCUACCAUGGCAGGGUUGCGGCCGCCAUACGUGGCAUAUCGCGUUGAUAAAUAUCCGCUCAUAACUGACCAAGCAACAAAAGCCAUGCGCAAAAUGUGUCAAUCUCUGGGCAAUGAGCUUCUUGAGUGCAUACUUCCAUUGCGCAUCUUGUCCGAUUGUGUUGCCGUUGGCCUGCAAGUAGUCGACUAUGUCCAUCACGUAGUGGGCCAGGAUGAUGGUAACGUGCUGCAUGCAGACCGGCAAAAAGGGAAGAACACACAUCAAUAAGUCAAGCAUGAAAGACAUGGCGCAUUGGAUCAUCCAUCCAUCUGAUAAGUGACGCUCAAUGACCGGGCAUCGUGACGCUGUGUGGGCGAGGGCGACAGCUGUUGAGCUCUACGGUAUCAGCAAGAGCGACAAAGGAUGGAGAGUAGGUCACCAAGAAGAAUGGAUGAGUCCAGGAUGACAGCCGUUCCGAACACAAAAAGCGACAGCCCCAGAAAUGAUACCUACAUGCGCUCGACACGAAAGCAGGGCAGGUCCCUCGAAGGUGAUGCCUUCUCCUUUGACUCCCUUACAUCUUUCCAUGGAUUGAAUAUCCCUGCUGUUUUCUUCAUUUUCUUCUCUUCCUUGAACUUCGGCUGUGUUCGCUUUUCGCGAUCUGCAUAAAGAAAGAAACGCAAUCGAUAUGGCAGCUAUUAUGGCUACAAUGCUCUGCACUGGUGACCACCUUCCUUGAAGGCCGUCUCUAAGGCGUUGACUGUUUUCUGAUGUCACUGACAAGCCUCUCUCCGAGCGCUGACAAAGACGACAGUAAAUGAAGUCUGCAUGCUGGAAUGAAGAACCUCAUACAGGGUGGAACAAAUACUGAGCGCUGGAUGAGGGAUGUGAAGGCCUCAUUGUCCUUUCUCGUGGCAUAGAGGCGUUCCACAAGUUGAGGGUCUUCGGCGAGUGCGAUAGCAAGCUGGUCGUACUCGCCGUUGCCGUAUUCGGAGGUCGAUUUUACCACAUGAAGCACUGUCUUGAGCCUGUCGCUUGUCCCGCUCGUGUCGCUUUCGCUCGGCAUCAUCACCAAGGUGUCAUGCCCUCCCCCUUGGCCCGUACUUGGUGCGAGAUGAAAUUGUGCAGCUCCUGGUUCGUCUCCUCGUAUCGCUGCAUCACCGUCCGGAGGGUGGCGGGGUGCAGGUCCUGUUCCGGAUGGCGGGCUAGGCUGGGCGGCAGUGGUGUCAAGUCUUCCUCCUCUUCUAGUGGGCCAGGAUGAUGGUGAGUUGCUGCAUGAGAGACCGGCACAAAGGCACACACGAGAGACUGCCUGAAUAAGUGGAUAAGUGACGCUCGAUGACUGACCUCAUUGGUGUGGUGGUGCCUAGCACUGAAGUCUAUCAGAUGCCCAUAAAUCUCCCUAUGAUCAGGAAACAGCAGCCAGCGACCGCAAUCGGCAUCGCGCCCUCAUGCGUCUUGCAUCCGGCAGCGGACCGGCCAUAUGUGACGCUGUGUGGGCGAGGGCGACAGCUGUUGAGCUCACGAGUGUCAGCAAGAGCGAUAAAGGAUGGAAUAGGUCACCAGAGGGAUGAUG